AUGACGCGCAUCCCUACAGCUCAGCUCUGGAGGUACCUCCUGAGCGGCCGGCUCUCACGCCAUGGCUGUCUUCAGACCAGCAAUCCUUUGCGGAGACCCCCGUUGACACCCUCUAUACGUGCCAUUGCCUUGUCGCCACUGCAGCAGACUCGCAGCCUCUCCCACGCACUGGAACCAAGCCCCAAUAAUCCUGCGAUGAAGCAAACCCCCGUGGUGCCGCUGCGCAAACAGCUCAAGGACGAAGCCAAAGCUGCGAAAGCCGCAGGCAAGAACAAGAAAAAGAAGAAGAAUGCGGACAACCAGACGGUGCCGGGCUGGGAGCUGACGGUCGGAAUCGAGAUUCACGCCCAGCUCAACACAGCGCGCAAGCUCUUCUCCGCCGCGAGCACCUCGUUCAACGACGACCCCAAUACCCACGUCGCGCUCUUUGACGUUGCCGUGCCCGGCUCGCACCCUCGAUUCCAACAAGAGACCUUGAUACCCGCGCUGCGCGCUGCCCUCGCUCUGAACUGCGACAUACAGAAGAUCAGCCACUUUGACCGAAAGCAUUACUUCCACUGGGACCAGCCGUCCGGUUACCAGAUCACGCAGUACUACGAGCCAUUUGCCAAGAAUGGAUACAUCACGUUAUAUGCGAGGGAUGGGAUCGCUGCUCAGGACGGAGAGGAGAUCCGGAUUGGCAUACAGCAGAUACAGAUGGAGCAGGACACGGGCAAGACCAUUGCCCGGCCGGGCGACGUGCACCUCUUGGACUUCAACCGGGUGGGCGCGCCGCUGAUCGAGAUCAUCACCCUGCCGCAGAUGCACCACCCAGCCACCGCGGCGGCGCUGGUGAGGAAGAUCCAGCUGCUGCUGAAUUCGGUCGACUCGUGCGUGUCGGGGAUGGAGUCCGGCGGGCUGCGAGCCGACGUUAACGUGUCGGUCCGCCGCGCAGACGACCCGGCGGGGAAGCUGGGUCAGCGCACCGAGAUCAAGAACCUGAGCAGCUUCAAGGCCGUUGAGGACGCCAUCAUCGCCGAGCGCGACCGCCAGAUCGCCGUGAUCGAGGCCGGCGGCGUCGUCCUGGGCGAGACGCGCGGCUGGUCGCUGGGCAGCACCGAGACGCGGAGGCUGCGCGGCAAGGAGGGCGAGGUCGACUAUCGGUACAUGCCCGACCCGGACCUGGGGCCGGUGGUCAUUGGCGACGAUCUCGUGAGCCGGCUGGCGGAGACGAUGGGGGCGCUGCCCGACGCCGAGCUCGACGAUCUUAUUCAGAACUACGGCCUGUCCUCAAAGGAUGCGGUGUCGCUCAUGCUGCUUGACCAGGGCGGGCGCAUCCAGUUCUUCUACGACGUCGUCGACUCGCUGGAGGAGAGAAUGAAGGAGGAUCUGCAGGGCAAAGUCGACGUCAAGGAGCUACGUGUCCUGGCUGGCAACUGGGUCCUUCACGAAUUGGGCCGUCUCACCUCGGACCGCAACACGGACGGCGAGACCGACAAUGACCUGCAGAUGACGCGCGAGGGCCAGUGUCGCAUCCGCGCCGCCGACCUCGCCGAGAUUCUUGCCUAUCUCCUGCAGAAGCGCGUCACUGCGCGCGUGGCAAAGGAGCUGCUGUUCGCCCUCUUCCGAGGUGACAUUGGGGGCUCGUCGUCGGAAGGCCGCGUCGGCAGCGUGACCGAGGCCAUCGAGAGGGACGGUCUGUGGUUCGACGAGCUGACUACGGAAGAGUACGGCGCCCUAGCGGAGGAGGCGAUGGUGGACCAGGACAAGGUGCUCAGGGAGUUUGUAGACUACAGGCAGUAUCCUCAGGGGAAGCUCAUGUUCCUGGUGGGUAAGAUGAUGCGGCUGGGCCCACAGGAGCGGAUCGACCCGGCCACGGCAGAGAAGGUCAUGAAGGCCAAGGUGGAGGAGCGCCUGGCCGGCAGUGUACGAUAG